GGUUUCUUUAAUUUCGUCCCAAUGAUAUAUUAAAUAUCGGAUGUCGGUGUAAGCGUUAUAUUCAAAAAGUUCCGUUACAGGCGUUACGUACGCAUUGUGUAUCAACUCUCAUAUUUUACAUUUUCCGGGGUAAAGCUCAAACGAAUCAAUUUGGAGUCCAUAAAAAGUCUUUUACCUAAACUACUGAACUCCAUCAAUACAUAAAUAAUAAAAAAGAAUUCAGUUGUGCCUGAAGGUCGUUUACAACCGUAAUAAAUUUUCUGCAAAGAAUAUCAUCAACUAUCCGCCUGUUUAAACAAGUGUUGGCAAUGACACCGUGUAUUUCGUUUAAUGAAAGCAGCGUUUUCAGCUUUCUGUCUAAAAAAUGGGCUUUCGAUUUCAGCUCGAAAACACGUAUUACUGCUCCAAACCAAAUCAAUACUCCCGAACUGAAGCAUCCCCCAGGAUAUGUUGAUCGUUCUUUCCCAGCCACUGCCGUCCGUGACUCGGACCCACAUCUGAUGCGUCAGCGAAGUUGGAACAUUGCAUUGGGACCGUUCCGGCAAGUUCCAAUGAAUCUGUUCAUCAUGUGGAUUUCAGGCAGUUCAAUAUCGAUAUUUCCCCUGAUGUCUGUAAUUAUGUUAUUUUUACGCCCAUUACAAGCUCUUUUGUCUGCACAAGCUACAUUUAACCUUAUCGAGGGAAGUCAAGCUACAAUACAAUGCUUUGUGUAUGUACUUGGCAACCUAGUUAUACUAGCACUAGCCAUGUACAAGUGCCACACUAUGGGUUUACUACCGACUUACGCAUCUGAUUGGCUUUCAUUUAUAGAACCACGUCAAGCAGCUGAGUGGUCGGUUGGAGGUUUUGUCGUUUGAAUAUAGGACGAAACACCGUAUAAAAUUUCUAACCGUAAUUCGAAAAAUAAAAUGUUCAGUUUAUAACGACUGUUUUUGUUUGACAAGAAUCAGAGGUUAAACGAAGCGUCUUUUAUGGAAUUGUAUUAAAUUAGACAUUAGAAUAGUAGAUGAAGCUUCAAUAAGUAUAUUAAAUGGUUAAUUUUUAAACUGACUCAUACAGAAGAUGUGUCGUUGAUUCAAAAUAUUACCACGUACAGAGUAAAUACAUCCGUAAUGUCCAUCAAAGUGAGGUCAUGAGUUGAGAAGCCCAAUCACGCAAAGCUUGAACGCCAUCAUUCGAAAAUGAUUGUAAGAGCUGACGAAUUGAAUCCUUGCAAAGGUUCAUGAAACCUUAAAACCAAAAAACGGUGAAAUAUGCACUUAAAAAACUAUUGUUGAGCCAGUUAUUUGUUUUGGAAAGAUGAAUAAAUAUAUUUCGGACUUUAAGAUACGGGUAAGAAAUUUGAUCUACCUAGUUAUGGUGUGUUUAAUGACAAAAAGUAUUAGUAUUCAUGUGAAAAAUACCCUCAUAACAAUUUUUCCACUCAAAUUCAUUACACAUAUAUGCACUACAAAUUUUAUGCCAAACCAAACAUGGUUGCAGCGUAAUGCAUCUGUUAUUAAAGCACAUUAUUUCAUGAAUACGUCAACGUUGUGGUAUGACCCCCAGACACAAGCUUUCUAUGCCAAGUGAUAACAAUGUAAACUAGUGGAUUUUUUUUAAGGAUGUGAGACUUGCAGUCUUUAGGUUCCACAUUUGAACCACGCUUUAUCUAUUUCGAGCAGAAGCAUUUGCCCUCGGACUUGUGACUAAUACUUAAAUACCCAAUGAAUGAAUUAGUUACUUAUUAAUAUUACUUCCAGAAAAUUACCAACCAUAACCUUAAAAUGUUUUAUUUGUCCUAAAAAGACAAUGGAAACCUAAUAGACCAUUUACUAUAAUAAUGUUAAAUCCAAAGUCUUGAAACAUGGUUUGAAUGCUCAUGAUCGAGAAACUCAGAAUAACCGUCAAAAAGAUUGCUUACUUGGAUGUCUUAGAAUUCCUGCGACUGUCCUCAGAGCAUGUUCUCUGAGUAACUGGGAUUUUUGGUUUUCGGCUGAUUUUUUUAGUUUGCCAAUGAACUCUUUUAAUCCUAACUCUGAGAAACACCUUGAUACUGAUUUGCCGGCACAAUCGACUAUAUGCGCACUUUGUUCUGGACUCAGCCUAUCAUUAAAUUAUAAAAUUCAUAAAAAGGAUAAUUGUUUAAUUGCAUUUUGAAAAAUAGAUUGUAAUAGUUUGGUAAACAAUAAAAAUGCUUACUUCGCAAGUAUUGUUAAUGCACUUGCCAAGCAAGAGAUUUGAACAUGUUUCCCAGUUUGGGUCAUAACAUUGUUCAAUAGGAUUAUUGUUUCAGCGAAACGAUGCACUGAAAUGAUAUACAAUUAAAAAGGAGAAAUUGAAUAAAUUGUUAUUUGAAAUAACAAGGAAAAUUGGAAUGCCUUAUCAUGUAGAAACACUUCAUGAUUUAAUGGAAGUUAUAGCUGAUGUGAGAAAAAACUAGCAAAUUUAAAAAGUGUAUGAAUAGUAUCAGAUAUUGGAUCGCCCCCAGAAUGAAAGUGUUAUGGUCUGCUAAUCCAUUUGGAUUUUACCGCGAGGGUUCGAAUCCCAUCCCCGUCGCCAGUUGUUAUAUCUACCGCAAACAACUUGAGCACUCGAACGCUUGAACCCUCCAACUCGCAAAUAAGGAGACUGGAGAAAGUGUUUGUUGGGCAAGAAUCAAAAUGUACAGAAAGUCAGAUAUUCAACCAAUAUCCGCAGAGGCAUGUUAUGCUAUUGACCAGUAGUAGCACGCCAUGUUGAUAUCCUAGAAACCCCCAUUGCGUUCUGAUUGAAUGAAACUCCUCGGCUCCGUCGUAGUUCUCGAGAGCCGUCCCAACAGAAAGAUCAUCAGAAGGAUUCGUUAAGACGUAAGAAUAUAAGAUUUUAAUGUUAAAAUGCUCAAGCUUAUUAUUAUUAUUAUUGUUAUUAUUAAUGGCUUUAUUCAAUAUUAUAUAUAUACUAUAAAAUAAAUUUAAAAUUUCUCAGAAAUUACAAAAUAUGACUGGGUAGAAUCACAUCUAAAAAUAAGAUCAACAACCCCUUGUUACAUGACGUAUAUUGAUCUCUUUGUGGUUAUACACAGUGAGAAGCUGAAUUUCGAAAUUUCAUAAAUAUACCCAGUAAAUUAUUCCUCUUUUGACGUCGUUUAGUAUUCAACAAAUUGACAAAAAAUCCCAAAUUACACGUGAUAAGAAUGUGUUGUUACUUUGAUCAUACAAAGGUAAGGAAAGAGGGGAAGUUUCUCAGUUUGGAUAAAUCAUUUCAUACUCGUUAUUAAGCGUGAGUUCCCGCUCAUCAAUUCAUUAGCAAAGUGGGUAUCUGACAAAACAGAACGUUUUGUUUCCACUAUAUACAUACUGAGUGACUUACAAUGUUCUUUCGUAGCGUUAAGCGGCCAUAUAAUCCCGACAGCUCUGACAGCCUGUUCGAGUUCGAACUCAUUGAGUUUGGUGUUAAGUUUCAAAUUCUUUAAAAAAAAAAGAAAGUUUUUCUGUUAAUUUCAAUAAUGAAGAUGCCCAACAAUGUUUGAUUAUUAGAGUAAAUAAAGACGAAAUAAAUGUACACUACGUACAGGUAUCGGGACAUCUAUCCAUAUGAGACUUCUAACAGAAAACUGGCAAAAUUGAUCUACAAUAUGUCUAUUUUUCGAUUGAUGAGAUAGUACAAAGUACCUAGGUCAUAGGCCUUUAAGAGAUGAAAACUGGAAAAUACUGAUUAUUAUAAUCACAAUACAAAGUUUAAUGAUUUUAUUUCAGUCCCCCUUGAAUGUCAAUGAGUAUUUGACGUACGCAGGUUGUGUAAGUUUAUGGAAUCUUGAGAAGAAAAAGUAUGACACUUAUUUUUAAAGUAUAUGUAGCAAUUACGAAGACAAUAAAACCGGAUAAACAGCACUCGUUAAGUAAUCUCACAAGGACGUUGAAACUUUAGAGGAAUACACCUCAACAGCGAUAAAUACAUGUGUGGCAAACUAAUCAGUGUAAAAUGGUUAAAUAUAAAGCUGAAAGCUAUUCAGAAAAGAUUAUGUUGAGAAUGAAUAGGUUUAAAAUCCGUAACCGACUUCUAAAUUUUUAUUUUGUGUAGCAUUUUUCCCACGUUUUAACCACUGUGGAAUAAUCAACACAAAUAACUUGGUGAGACGAUCGAUAAAUUCACUAUGCGAUUCCGUUGAAGAAUUUUCUUCGGGAUUGCCAUCAACAGUUGAGUAGGGAUGAUUAUCCGCGAUCGCAUCAAUACCACAUGCUUCAGCGAACGAUGCAAGUGUCAGGAAAGCUUCAGCCUGGUAACCACUUUUGAUACCUUCAGCUCGUCUUGAUUGAGUUUCGCGCAAAAGAGCGCACCACAUCUAAAAUUCAAAAAAUGGUAUACUUAAGAAAAUAGAUCGAGGAUGGUAAAAAGAAGGGUUCAAGACGAGUUGUAUAGACUGAAAACUCAAGUAUAUAGGAAACCGACCCAUACAGAUCAAAUUCUCAACUACAACAGCAACAACCCAAGAGCUCACAAAAUCAACUGCGUACACACAUUGUUCAAGAGGGCGAGGACACACUGCAGCACGAAAAAAUGAGAAAUACCUGAAGGACAUAUUUCAAAAGAAUGGCUACCCAAUCAGCUUCAUCAAAAAACACCAACCGCACGCAGCAUUAGAACCCGAGUCAAGCACAAGAAUCAACAAAAGGAUCACCCUACCGUACAUACAAGGAAUAUCAGAAACCACAACGAGACUGCUGAAAACCUUCGGGAUAGGUGUGGCACACAAACCGACAAAAUCACUACAAUCAAUCCUAUGCAAACCAAAGGAUGAAAUGACAAAGGAAAACAAAUCAAACAUCAUCUACAAAAUAAACUGUACCAACUGCGACAAACACUAUCGGACAAAGCGGACGCCCCCUCCACCUUCGCCUACAUGAACAUCGAUCAGCAGUCAAAGGCCAUGAUAUCUCUUCACUCAUAUCAAUACACGUGGAUAACUAUGGACACUCAUUCGAUUGGAAAAAUGUAGACAGAGGAAACUCCAAAAACACCAGAGAAUAUUUAGAAGCCUGGCACUCAGGUCAAUCAGCAAACAUAUUGAAAUCAACCCAAUUUAUCAACCAAUCAGGAAAAUCAUUCAUAAAUAUAGGAACAAAAAUCAAACCAAUCGGAGACACAACCAAAACAAAGAAGUGAACAAUGAUAAGUUUAAGGUCAAUAAGAACCAAUCAACAUUGAGGUGGACAGAACAAGCUGUGAAACACAUGGAGAAAUUCGAAUACUUCACUUCUAUCUGAAGUUUGUGCUGAUGAUGUCGUUCAGAAGAACGAUGAAAACUCCAGGACCAAACCAUCCAGCUCAGAGAAAAAAACUCCACCAAAAAUCAUUCACCUGAGCUACAAAUCUUCUCCACCAUCUCAAGACUGCUUGUUCUAAGAAACGACGCGUAUUUCAUUAUGAAGAACUGUCUGUUGCGAGCAAGCGAUUGCAACAGUUUUUGCUGUUUUUAAAAUUCAAUCAACAUAUUUCUUUUAUGGUUUAUCAACACUCAGGUCAUUUUGUUUGCACCGUUUAGUAUAUAUUCUACAUGCACUUGGAACUAAUUACAACUAUAGCGCUUUGAUUAUAAUAAUCUUGCUCCUUUCGAUUUCACAAGUUUUAUGGGUCAAUUAAAUUACACAAAUAUGUUAAAAACCAUCUUAAGUUAAAAUGAAGAUUUUCUACUGCUAAAGAACGCAGAUUUUGAUACCAGAAAAAACAUUUAACAAACAUGAUUUUCUGCUGCUAAACUUUGAUCAUCUAGGUGAUAUAGUUCAACAAAAUGUUCAGUCGAUUAGCGCACUUAACCGAUAAAAUACAGUCCACACUGAACUGCAUAAUGAAGAUAUGUUUUAGAAUCAUAUAAGAAAUUGUACAUACAACCAGAGUAUAUAUUGCCAGACUACUAGUAAGCAGCUUGCUACACUUGAUCACCAGGUAAGUAAUAAUGAGGUUAGACGUAGGUUAUUAGGGAAUGAUGGUAAAUCAGUUGAUGAGGUUGUGAAUCUUCAUCGACUGAGAUAGUUGGGCCACGUGUUACGUAUGCCCGAACACCGAUUACCACGACAUGCAAUGCUAACCGCUGUUCGGGAUGGUUGGAAGAAAGUUAAAGGCGACCAAACCAAAACGUGGCAUCAGUGCUUGAAGUCACUAACUUCUAGUCUGAGCCAUGUUGGUAGAUGCAGAUUACUUGGUUGGAGUCCGCGUGACUAUCGUAACCAAUGGUUGGAGAUUCUUGGUGACAUGACUCAGAAUCGAUCACAGUGGUAUAGGUGUAUACACUCUUUGUCUUCCCUUAAACUUUGAGAUUAAAAUUGCUUCAUAUUUUUCUUGCUGUAAUAUAUCCUCAUACACAAUCUUUCUUCUAUAUAUUGAUAUCAUUGAAGUAACUACUUCUAUGAAUUUGUUGUUGAUCUUGUUGUGUUAAUGAUGUAUGGCAACUUGGACCGAUGCAUAUAUGAGCCUGGUCCUACGUUGUAGCUGACUGACUGACUGACAUACACUAAUGUACACAACCUAAAACAAACUAUACUGAGGUUGAUAACUAUUGUAAUAACGGUUUAAUAGCAUUUUUUCAAUCUUGUUGAGCAUCAUGAAAUGUAUUUGAGCAAUAUUUUGAUUAAGGAAUAAAAUAAGUCUUGAAAUAAGAGAAAAUAACUAAUUCGUCUACUGAUUUUAAAUUCUGAAAUAAAUUCCUGUGAGGUUUCUAAUAAUCAAACAGUAAAGAUCAUUUAGCUUACUUGAUGAAUAACGUCUUGAUUCGCUGGUUCUUCGAUAAUGUUCUGUUGCUCUAGAGCAAAUUCGCCUAAUAAUCUUGCUGCUCGGAGCAGGUAAACCUACAGAAAUUAGAUACACGUUUUGUUCAAAAAUGAAUUCCACCGAAAUUCGAAAGAAAUAUUCAACAAAUAAGCAUUUCCACAUUUGUACAAAAAAAAAUCAAAAUUAUGAAGCCAGCAUAGUAUUAAACAGGUACAAGCACAGUUAAACUUUAGUUGCUAAAGGCAGUUAAGUAAACAAAUUUUCUUUACGGAGAUGUCAUUAACUGAAGCUGUGCAAUCACACAAUGGUUCAAUAAAUAUAUUAGUAUAUACAAAAAUAGGGAAGCAUUACCUCAUAUAAUAUUUGGAGAUUUUAAAAAACACCAGAUAGUAGAACGGUCUAAACGUUCUUGAAAAAUAGUACUUAAUUAUUUACUUACGCCUGUUACUCCCAGUGGAGCAUAGGCCGCUGACCAGCAUUCUCCAACUUGUAUCUCCUGGAUGAUGACUUUCGUAAUUCUCCACGUUUGCGACCCAUACAGUCGAAUUAUCUCGACAUUUGUAUUUGGGGUUCUGAUGUUAUUCAGUUGUAGAUAUGCUGCUCUUGCUUUGCCGAUCCGCGUUUUCACAUCCACAUCAGAUCCACUGUGUUCAUCAAUGAUACCGCUCAGAUAUGUAAGCGUUUUUACAUCUUCCAAAGCUUCUCCGUCAAGUGUGAUUCGAUUGGUGCAUGCUGUGUUGUAUCGGAGAAUCUUGCUUUUCCCCUUGUGUAUGUUGACCUACUGCUACUGAGGUUCCUUUCAGAUGCUGACGUCUUCAUGAUCCAGUCGAUCACCAGGAGAAAGAGAAAGGGUAAGAACAAACAAACUUACCUGACACUAGUCGUUACUUCAAACGAGUCUGUCAGCUGUCCCCCAUGCACGAUUUCGCAGUUUAAUCCAUGAUAGGAAUUCCGUAUGAUAUUGAAUAUCAUCUCAGGCACGCUGUAGUGCCGAAGAAGCUUCCAUAGUGUUGUCGUGUCCACGCUAUCAAAUGCUUUCUCGUAGUCAAUGAAGUUGAUGUAGAGUGAUGAAUUUCAUUCAAUUGAUUGUUCCAUACGGAAUCCUUCAUUCUGUUUAAAAAAAAACCGUUUUGAAGACAUUUCCUGAUAUUUAGAUAAGAGUGAUGCCCCUGUAAUUAUCACACUUGCUGAAAUCGCCUUCGGUAUUUUGAUCAGAAGUCCUUCUUUCCAGUCUUUUGGUACUUGUUCCUCAUCCCAAAUCUUAUCGAAGAGAAUGUGGAGUAUCCUUGCAGUUACCGCCACAUCUGCUUUCAGUGCCUCUGCUGGAAUGUUGUCUGGUCCUGCUGCUUUGCCACUCUUGAUUCGUCUGAUGGCCAUGCCGAUUUCUUCAAUUGUUGGUGGGCCAACAUUGAUUGGGAGGUCCGUGUGUGCUGCUUCGAUGUUGG